UGCGCGCUCGCGCACAAAUCCAUUUACACUCCGGUAGUAGAGAGGCCCGGAUCGAGUCGCUGCGCUCCGUCAAUCAAACAGACAAUCCGCUCGGUUAAAGCUCCGCACGGACGGUAAACGGUGCUGAGAGCGGGCGGUGGUUCCUCAGCGACACUCACUGACAGAGCAGGAGCGGGUUCGGAGAGGAAGAAUGGCGGAUUCGAGCAGCACCGCAGCGGUCGGGGCCGCAGGCUCCAACAGCGCUGCUACUGCCGGGGCGGCGGGCACGGUGGUGGCGCAGGAUGGAGCACCCGCAGCUGCGGGGACCAAGGCCGCGUCCGAGUCCGUGAAGGGCCAAAUCUUUGAUGUGGGCCCCCGCUACACGAACCUGUCGUACAUUGGGGAGGGGGCGUACGGAAUGGUCUGCUCUGCUAUGGACAACGUGACUAGCCAGCGCGUAGCCAUCAAGAAAAUCAGCCCAUUUGAGCACCAGACGUACUGCCAGCGCACACUGAGGGAAAUCAAGAUCCUGCUGCGUUUCCACCAUGAGAAUAUCAUCGGCAUCAACGACAUUCUCAGGGCACGGCACCUUGACAACAUGAGGGAUGUCUACAUCGUGCAGACUCUGAUGGAGACGGACCUGUACAAGCUGCUGAAGACCCAGAAGCUGAGCAACGACCACGUCUGCUAUUUCCUCUACCAGAUCCUGAGAGGACUCAAGUACAUUCACUCAGCCAACGUGUUGCACCGUGACCUCAAGCCCUCCAACCUGCUCAUCAACACCACCUGCGACCUCAAGAUCUGUGACUUUGGCCUGGCACGGAUAGCCGACCCCGAGCAUGACCACACAGGUUUCUUGACCGAGUAUGUGGCCACACGUUGGUACAGGGCUCCAGAGAUCAUGCUCAACUCAAAGGGCUACUCCAAGUCCAUUGACAUCUGGUCAGUGGGCUGCAUCCUGGCUGAGAUGUUGUCCAACAGGCCCAUCUUCCCUGGGAAACACUACUUGGACCAGCUCAACCACAUACUGGGCAUCCUCGGUUCUCCAUCUCAAGAUGAUCUGAACUGCAUUAUCAACAUGAAGGCGAGGAACUACCUGCAGUCCCUGCCUCAUAAAACCAGAAUCCCCUGGGAAAAUAUGUUCAAGGCUCAAGACCCAAAAGCUCUGGACCUGCUGGGUCGCAUGUUGACCUUUAACCCCGCGAAGCGCAUCAGCGUUGAGGAGGCCCUGGCUCAUCCUUACCUGGAGCAGUACUACGACCCCACAGACGAGCCGGUAGCAGAGGAACCCUUCACUUUCACCAUGGAGCUGGACGACCUUCCCAAGGAGAAGCUGAAGGAACUGAUCUACGAGGAAACCGCUCGUUUCCAGGAAACCUACCAGGGCUCCUGAGACAGAGGAGCCCUUAAGAGUGUCAAAGCCACACGGAGGCUUGGAACAAGAAGACUCCAAACGACAUGCUAAAAAAACAAAAAGAAAAAUGCAUCUUCAAGAAACCAACAAAAAGAAAAAACAAGAAAUGAACAUUUAACUGCUUAUCUUUCCAUUUCUACUGCAAGAGAGCUAAGUUUAACUUUGAUUUCUUUGGUUGGGUGGGGUGGUAGGGUCUGUCGUACUCAUACUGUUUCAGUUUUGUCCAUGUUGGACUCUCCCUCCUCUCACCUCACGUUUGUUUUCUGCCUCAUCCUGUCCCAUAUACAGUAACUCACUGUCCCCUCCUGUUUCUCCUCUCCUGCUCCUGUCCGUCUGAGCUCUCUCUCUGUCGCUCCCUCUCAUAUAAACUACUGUAUUAACCAACACCAUAACUCUUGUCUUGCUCCAUGUAAAAUACAACCUGGAAAAAUCGAGGGCUAAAAGAACGGGGAUGCUAAUCGGGUGUAUGUAUAUACAAAGAUAUAAAAGCUUUUUUUUCUUUAAGUGUGCUCGUCGCAGGUUUUGUUUGUACACCGUUGUUUGAGUGUUUUGGGAUCAGUCGUAUCUGUAUGUUUUAGGGUUUAUAUUUGCAUUUUUUUUUUUUUUGACCACUUGAUCUUGAGACAAACAUUCAAUGUUUUUACUGGCAUGUUGGCAGGUUUCUAGAUUUCUUUUGUCAUCGCUCUUUUAAAAAACUGCGUAUGAUGUUCAUAUGAAUGCAUGCAUUCCUGAAAUUAACCAAAGUGUCAGAGAGAUGCAGGAAACUUGGCUCGGGAGCAACUAAGGACAUUUUUAGUUUUGAAUCGUACCUUCAUCACAUUAAUUGAUGUAUAACUCGUACUGAGGGCGGACAAUGUGAACUUCAUUUGUGGAAAGUUGGUUUAAUAUUCAGGAGGCGCUACAUGAUUGGAACAAAUAGAAAUCAUAGACGGUAUAGUUUCUAUAAUUGUAUUUAUUCAGAUAACAGUGAUACCUACGCCCCAUUUUCCAGAACAUUGGCAGUACUCUGUGCCAAUACAAAACUGAUUUGUUUGCUUAUGAUGGUGAUCAGGAGCAACAUGGUCUCACAGAAAUCCGUGAAAUAGCCACGGAUUCGCUCAAAUUUCCGUGAAACUGACACGGAUUUCGCUACAAUGCAAGUUAAAGAUAGUCAUAACCCGUGGCUAUUGGUUUGUUCCAAGGCACGCACUUAAUAUUUUGACUUUGUUUCUGCAUAAAAAUGGAUUUUGAUCACAUUUCUAGCGAGAAAUAUAUGUUUUAUUUUCAUAAGUCAUAAGUCAUAUUUUUCUGGCGAGAUCUUCACCACAAAGUGAUUAUGAACAUUCACUGAGUGAAUAUUUAGAAAAUAAAACAUAUAUUUCUCGCUAGAAAUGUGAUCAAAAUCCAUUUUUAUGCAGAAACAAAGUCAAAAUAUUAAGUGCGUGACUUGGAACAAACCAAUAGCCACGGGAUAUGACUAUCUUUAACUUGCAUUGUAGCGAAAUCCGUGUCAGUUUCACGGAAAUUUGAGCGAAUCCGUGGCUAUUCCACGGAUUUUGAGUUAAGCAAAAUCCGUGGCUAGUUCACGGAUUUCUGUGAGACCAGGUUGUCAGGAGCUAACUGUCUCAGUGUCAGUUUUACAGUCGCAGACGUUGUUUCCAAAAUGCAGAAACUGACAAAUACUGCCAGAAUACUGAUGUAAAACACGCUAUAACAUCACUGUAUCACCCACAUUUGGCCCCACAGUAUCAAAUAGCUGAUCUAGUGUCAGUAUUACAUUCCCAUAUUAAAUUGCUUUUCUGUUGGAAACACACAGCAGUAGUGAACUACACGCCUCAUUACAUCUCUGUAGGUCCUCAGCUUCUCUUGAUCCCAAAAUUAAAUGAAUGCAUUAUUUCCCGAGCCACGACUGGGAACAAUAUUCUGGAAAAUGGGGCCUGGUUGACAUCUGCCUUUCCAUCUCACUGUCCUGUUUGUGUUACUGUAACUUGUUCCUUUCUGCUAACGUUUGACUCAGGAUGUAGUCAAUUGUGUGCACAAGCUGGCGGCCUAACUGACAGCAAAUCUAAACAUAAUCAUGUGCUCAAAGUGGCCAUAGAUGAAUGCGGUCGAGAGAAGAAGAGCACUUUCCAUCGUGCAUUUUUUCAGAUUAUGAUCUUUCUGGCUCAUUGAGCGUUGAAUGUAAAUGGCCUCUCUCUCUCUCUAGUCUCUGCAGCUUUUUCAGUUGUGAACUUUUUACAAGAACAGCAGCUCUUUUACGCCUACUGAGAAAACUGUACAUGAUGAGUGCUGCGUUCACGUCAUAUGGGAAGGAUGGUACAGAUGGACAUGUCAACAACUCAUUAACCCAUUGAAGCCUGGAAAGCAGAUACGUCGUUUUGUAGUAUUUGUAUAAGCUCUCAAAUACCUUUUUGAAUUUCAUUUCUAUCUGCUACAGAGGCUGAAAAACCUAUUAUUUAGUAGAAGAGUUGACCCUUUUUUUUCCAGAAUUUCCAGAAAAUUAGAGGUUUAUUUUAAAAUCGCCCAGCGAUUUUUCAGGCCUCAAUGGGUUAAGGCAGGUCUAUGAUUAGAGGCUGCACUCUAAUAUCCAUUUGUUGGGUCUUCAGGCACUUCAAUACUCAUAAAAAGGCAAAUAUCAGCCUUCUGAGAAGCAGCUAUCACCAUUAUUGUUGUCUUGGUUAAAGAGAAAAACCUUCUGGUUCUUGGUUAUUUAAAACCCAGAAAAGUCACCAUUAUGACAACUCCGAUAUGACGUGAAUGCAGCAUAAUCAGCAUCAUAACCCAGGAAUGUCACAGUGCUGUUCAGUUAUUCCUGCUCAGUGCACAGCCAAGCAACCAUCGUCAUGUGUUACUGGGUAAAAAGCUGCAGUUUAUUUUUCAGUGUGGGUGAUUUAACGCUACAUCAGCCAGCUUCUCAUGUUCCUUUGAGUGUGUUCUGCAUGUGUAUUAUGUCUGUUCAUUGUUCCUGUCAGUGUCUGCUCCCUCCUCUCUGUGUUCUGGAUGUGACUGUACUAACGGCUGCCUGGUGGAGCGCCACCUGCUGGUUCAGCUCCGUCACCGCCACCUCAGUCUGCACUAACUUCUGCCUGUUGCACUGGGACCAGUAGAGAAGCCCACACACACUCCUAAAAAAAAAAAACUGGACCAACAUAUGCACUGGAUCCUCUUUCUGUCUCUCUCGGGGGCAGGCCUGUGAUGCUCCAGAUCUGGAUCUGGCUCGCCGGUCGGCCUCGCCCUCUCGCAGCAAAAAUCAUUGAUUUUUUUUUUUUUUUUUGUCAUAGGCUGCUUUUCUGAGAAGCCAUAGCCAGAACUCUGGGAUCGGUGUGAGGCUUUUUGGUGCAUGUGGUGAUACUUCUCCUUUUGUUCAACCUCCUUGACUCUCACCACGCUUUACUCAAAGGGCUGCCUCCCCUCCUCCUCCUCCUCCUCCUCUUCCUCCUCACCCCUCUGUCUGCUUCUCAGUGGGAUUGGCAAAGACCUUCAUAUCACUGACUGUGUUGCCACUUUUCCUCCUCCAGAAAAUCAUUUCCCCUGCUCACACAUGCAGGAAUAACUCGCAUAACUCAAUCAGCACGCCUGCACUUUGUCUCUCCAGCCACUUACAGCUCUCUCUCCCCUCCGAGGUUUGUUUGUUUUUGUCCUGUAUCCUCCCUGUUCAGCUUUAAGUUUCGCCUGCUGCGUGUUUUAAAGCUCAUGGAUCGUCUGCAGUAAUUUAUGUGUGUAUAAGUGUUUGUGCUCAUCAGUAACAUAAAGCCAAGACUCUCUUUGUCCUGUAUGUGUGUGUGUGCGUGUGUGUGUUGUGGGCCCUCUCCCUGCAGUAACCUGCGCUUUUUACAUCUGUGAGAUUUUUUUUUGUUUCCUUCUUUUUUGAUGAACGCAGAUAUUUUGUAUGUAUUUCAUAUGUAUAUUUGGUCACCAGUCAACCAGGCCCUGCUUGCUUCUUCUUCUUCUUCUUCUUCUUUUUUUUUUUUUUCCAACCAACCUGCCACCAGACCAAACAUCUCACUGGUUAACCAUGGGAACGAACCAAGAGGACCACGUUUUGCAAUCCUCCUGACACACUCACACACACUCCCUCUCUCUUUCUGAGGCAGUGUAUCUGUGUGUUUGUGAAAAGUUGCACUUAAACACACCAUAUACAUUCACACAGUAUCGACGAGUCUAAAGGCCUGUCCGUCACGAGGCCUGUUUCCAGAUAUUGUUGUUUUUAAAUGGCUGUUCUUAUUAUUGCUAUUGUUGUUAUAUUGGUGAGUUGUUGUAUUUUCUUUUGUUUUCUUUAAUUUUUUUUUUUUUUACAUAAAAGGGAGUUAAAGUUGUAUCAUUUUUUUAAUAAUUAGAAUGUUUUUAUUGUUUUUUUUUCUUCCUUAUUUCUCUUAUGGGCGUGAUUAUUAUUAUUGGCAGUGUUCAAUCUUUCUGAAACCUUUUUUCUUUGAUUUCCCCUUCAAAAUCUUAUAAGGAAUUAUUUUAAAAGAUAUAAGUAGAUUGUCAAAGAGAUAUGAGUUAUUGAGGGUUAUAGUCUGUAUAUUCUAUGGGUAUUAUGAAUUAAACGAUUAACAAUGAAACAGAAUUAUAUACAUAUAAUUAAAUAAAAUUUCCUGAUACUGUUACAA